AUGAAAACCGUGACGGGCGUUGUCGAGUGGUGCCUGUGGCACUCCCUGUUUGUGUGGAAGAUUGUGUGGUGCGUGCUGCGCAACCACUGGCCGGCCGUAUUGCUGGUGCUGAUUGGUGCGGUGGGCGGCGUGAUCACGAGGCCCUUGUGGAGCAUUGCGGGGCGAUUGAUCGGGGCCGUGUUCGGCUUUGUGUUCAAAUGGCUGACACUGUUAAGACCGUCCGCGGAGCAUCGAUGGAAGGCGUUUGAGGCAAUCUGGGCCACGCCCAUGGUGGUGCUCGAGGCCCGAGGUGAACAUAAGGAUGGCUUAGGCCGGCUACUGUACAAGUGGCUGGAUGCUUACCACGCUCUGUGGUGUGUGUUCCUGCCCGACGUGCUCGAGCUGGGUGGCGAGUCUACCGUGAAGUACUGGCGCGGAUCGAGGGCCGAGUGUCGGCGCUCGGUCGACCGUGCCUGCUGCGUGGGCCGUGGAUUUUGGGCGUUCCUAACGCUGGCGACGUAUGCCGUGUUCUACACUGUCAUCUACGUGUAUGACUUGGCCGAGAAAGUGUGGUGGUGGAGCUGCGUGCUGGCAACGACUGGGGUCGCCAGCCAUGCUACGAGGCGGCGUCAGGAGUGCGUUCACCUACGAGACGUCGAGGAAUUGCAGCAAGCCGAACGCCUGAGUGAAGCAUUCUGGCGUGGGGACGGGUGCGUCGGGAAACCGAAGCCGGUGCGUACCCUGAGCGGGCUGAGGGCGGAGCAGCGUGUCCUGCGCGCGAAGAUGAAGGCAGACAAGGAGGAGGAGGACGCUCGACGGGAACGUCGAGUCUCAGUCGGGGAGGAUGUGCCGAGUGGGAACUGUGGUCACCGUCUCAGGUACGGUCGCGGCCGUCCUCCGGCAGCCUGUCAAUCAGCGCGUGGACUACUACUCGAGGAUCAGCUGUUCGAGGAUCAGCUGACUGAGCAGUCAUCGGACUUUACGAGGAUUAGCUGGCGGCGGGCCAUUUGCGUGGACGAAGAGUCGUGA